AUGGGUGCAUCAGGCUUAGGUUCUGCUUUAGCAAAUUGCAUUAAUCUCACGAAUUUGACACUUGACCUUGGUUGGAAUGAAAUUGGUGCAAUGGGUGCAUCAGGCUUAGGUUCUGCUUUAGCAAAUUGCAUUAAUCUCAAGAAUUUGACACUUGACCUUCGUGAAAAUAAAAUUGGUGAUGAAGGUGCAUCAGGCUUAGGUUCUACUUUAGCAAAUUGCAUUAAUCUCACGAAUUUGACACUUAACCUUUAUGAAAAUAAAAUUGGUGCAAUGGGUGCAUCAGGCUUAGGUUCUGCUUUAGCAAAUUGCAUUAAUCUCACGAAUUUGACACUUGACCUUGGUUGGAAUGAAAUUGGUGCAAUGGGUGCAUCAGGCUUAGGUUCUGCUUUAGCAAAUUGCAUUAAUCUCUAGAAUUUGACACUUAAACUUGGGUAAAUAGAGUUUAAUUAUUUAGGAUUGUGA